GCUCUGCUCUGAAGGUGGGCGGUAUUGGCUACCGAUGUUAUAUUUCUCCCCUUCUUCUUUUUCACGGAGAAACAUUCACUGAGACUCAACCCCUUACCUUGCCGGCCCGUGAGACGAUUGAAAUCCCACCAAAGACUGAUGCACCAAGAGUGUCCAUCACCAAACUGUCGUUGCAUUGUUUGAUGCGUUAAAAUCAUCUAAUUAUCAGAGAUAGGCGGACACAAGUGUUGGGCAAACUUCAUUGAUAUGCAAAUGAGCCGACGACCAGCCGACAAAUGACAACAUUGGGAGAUCACGUGGUGAGAAACUGUACAUGUGCCCGAGCUUGCUAUAGAUAAAGAUGACAACGGUCAUGUUAGGCGAGACAUUCUGUUCCCCGGCUUAUUAAGGUGGGACGAACAAACUUCUUGCAAAAUUUUCACCUUUUUUUCUUUGACUGAACUCACAGUGUUUUCUUCAGUCGUUUUGUUGGUUUGUGGUCACCCAGCCAUCGCCGAAUAUACGACCAGCCAAGCUAGUGACUGAUGUCUGGCCUCGUAUACUGUGUGUGUUUGCACUGAAGCGAACACAAGCCCGUGGAGUGGGCCCGUAUUAACAACAUUACAGCGACCUCAACUGUGAAACGCAGGCGUGUGUGGGGAUAACCUAAUUCCGUGGCUGUUUUCUUCUGACUUGUCAUUGCGAGGCAGUUGAGUGUGACUGACUGUAUUGCUCAGCGAUUGUCGAGCGACGGACGGGGUUGAUUUUAGGUGGCCGCGGAGCCAGUACGAACCGGCGACGCCCGUUUCAGGACAGCUCAAGACGACGGGGCCAUCGUCUGAUCAGACCGGCGUAGACAUGACCGUGAGCUCCGCUAAUGCCAUGGAGGAGUCAAAGGUGAGCGCUCCGGCCCAACAGCAGCAGCAACAGCAACAGCAGCAGCAACAACAGCAACAGCAGCAACAACAGCACGACUCCGGGAUAAUCAUCGGUGCACCGGGGCCCGUCGCAUUCCACUGCCGGAAAGAUCUACCUCUGCCACCGGCACGGCAAGUCAAAGACACCGAUCCAAUGGAACAGUUCUCGGACAGUGAGAUGCUUGACUCGGCAGAUAAGGACGAGUCUGAAAUUCACAGCAAGGACUCGGACGACAUCGAGCUAGUGUCGGAGAAACAGGGAGACGCCGACAGCAACUCCGACGAGAAAAAAGCUAAGUCGAGCACGGUCAAACCACCGUACUCCUACAUUGCACUAAUAACUAUGUCCAUUCUUCAAUCACCGCAGAAAAGACUCACACUAAGCGGUAUCUGCGAGUUUAUUAUGAACCGUUUCCCAUACUACCGGGAGAAAUUCCCCGUGUGGCAGAACAGCAUACGGCACAACCUUUCCCUCAAUGACUGCUUCAUCAAAAUUCCACGGGAGCCCGGUAACCCUGGGAAAGGAAACUACUGGACACUGGACCCGGCAAGUGAGGACAUGUUCGACAACGGGUCUUUCCUGCGGAGGAGGAAACGCUACAAGCGGCACCAUCCAGACCUGGGGAUCAGCCUACGUGAACACUCGGCGUUUAUGGCCGCCAGCCCGUACGGGCACCAUAUUAGUUACGGGCACCCACACGCUAUGUUACCGUACCACUACGUCUCGCCGCUCCCCCCUCCCGUACCUCUGUCCCUCACCACGUCAGCGGCGCACAGUUUACACAGCCAGGCGUUGAGCAGCCUCAUGUCGGCCGGUACUACAGCAGCCCCAGUCCGUUCCGGUUUCAGCAUAGAGAGCCUCAUCGGCAACAGUGCUAGUACGAACUCGAGCAACACACCAAAUAGUGUCAUCAGCACAAGUAGUAGCACGAGUAGCAUUACCUCACCUGUGAACAGCUUGCUGGCAUUCCGCCCACCAACGAGCCUACACUCGGCCCUCUCACCCUUCAUCACAGCUGGGGCAGCAAGCGCUUUUACUGCCCCCGUGCCUUCGUCCUUCGAUCUCGAAAAAUACAGACAGUGUUUACAGUGCAAUGGUUUAGCGGCAACAACUUGUACCUGGCGCUGAUCACACGGACACCAUCUAUACAUACACAUAUAAAAAUAUAUAUCUAUAUAUAUUGAAACUAUAUUCGAACACCGGGACAGCAGUUGUCAGGUAAGCCUUUCAAAACAAAUUGUGCAUAGGCCCCUGACUGUAAAUUACAUUUAAUCUGCACCCUGAACUAAAAAGAAGAAAAGCCAGUUUUUAAGAUUGAGUAGAAUUUUAAAACUGUGGAUUAAAACUAAUUAGUCAAUGUUUGAAUCGAGUUUUCCCGAGCUUGGUUGCUCACUGGCCGUCCCACGUUGACAAUCCUCGUGCCGCGAACUGCCUCCAUUCCACCGAGAAACGGGGCUGAUCGUGGCGGGUGUUUGGAAGCGUGAAGACCCAUGAGCAACAGCGCCGGAUCACGGUCGAUUUCAACACUGCAUGAUACCGUAUCACCCAAAAAGACUGGCGUUUGUUACUGUAUGUGUGUGAUGUGCGAGAAAACAGAGGCUCUCUCGCAAUUUCAAUACGGGUCACUUGCGCAAACCGUAUACACCCGAUUAAAGCCAUCUAUGUAUAAUGUACAUUGUCACCAAGCAGGACUCAAACAAACUAUUAUAGAUAAUGCUUUUUGAAACGUGGACUGGAUGUGAACUUUGUUCGCCCGGGAUGAAGGCAAAGUGCUCCUCUCUAGUAAGCAACGGUGUUCAUGAUGCAAGCUCGUUAUAAAAACGUGUAAGUGAAAUGUCCUUUCACUAAAACAAAUAUACAUAAUACCGACUAGAUAACGAAAUAGCAUUGGUGUGAAAAAAACGUAUAUUUAUAUUCAGUAGAUUGAACAUAUUUGUAGAAUCUUGUCCACACAGACUGCACACAGUAAAACAAAAAUUGCAAAAAAGGAGAUAAUUUGACCAUUAUUGGUGGAGUAAAUAAUACGGUGUCCAAGAGCGGACAAGUGAAAAUGUUUCAUGUGAUGUGCCGCAAUAGUAUAUACAGUUGACUUUAGAUUGUACACGUGUUCAAGAUGUUUUAUUUUUAUGGAUGUCUUUCUGUUGUACGUGAAAGAAAAAAGAGUAAAAAAAAAAUGGUGACGAAUAACAGUGCCGACUUGAGGCUAGUUUAUGCUUCAGAAGUUUGGCAAAAAUAAUGCACAACUGAAAAUUGUAAAAUAAUUUAAGAGAAUGGACCGAAGUGUUUAAAACACAAAACAAAUGCCAGUUAAACAUUAUCCUGCUAAAACCAAUGAUUCUGUGAACAAGGUUCUGCCUUUAAAUAUUAAUAAUUUGCCGCUGUCAGGUUUAAACAAAAUUAUGAAGAUUUACGAGUAUGAUUUUUACCAAGUAACAAACUAUAUAACUAGGAGUUUAAAUAACUAGUUAAACGGUUAAUCACACUUAACUAAGGUACAGCAAACUAUUUUAUUGUGGUGCACGAGGUGCUCAUUUUGAUGAUAAAGAUUAUUAGUCCAUUUUAUUUUCAGCCAUUUUACCAGCAAAUUCAGUUUAUGUUUAAAGCAUUACUUUAAUAAGAUUUUAAGUUAUAAUGCAGGUUUUAUAAAUGGCUGUUUCCGUUACUAUGUUAAAACCUUGUCUGAAAAUGCCUUUUUGAAUGACCUAUAGUAGAGUCCUGUAUUUUGCCUGUCCGUAUGAAAUUGCCAACCUUACACGUGAGGGUCUGAUUUGGCCGUGGUUGUAUGUAGGCCAAUCAGUCAGACCAUCUCAGUCCAUCAUUCAACUUAUUGCACAACAGACCUCAAAAGGCCAGCCUAUACUUUCCAAGCUAUAAAACUUGAAUCGUUUGUGUGAAAUAGCCAAAAGCUAAACCGACAUGUCAUAGCUUUCAGCACUAUUCCAUCCAUUCCAAACAUGGCAAUUUGAAGAGGUGAUGUGAUGUUUAGCUCCUUGAUGGUUGAUGAUAAUGAUUGUUGUUGUUAUUAAAAUAUCAACCGCCACCCCUUUUUUUUCUUCUUCAUUUUUGGCCGGCAGGCUAACCCCUGGAUGGCCGCCCCACCGCCCACCCAACACCACUGAAAAGACAACUCGUGUGUCGCGGGUUUUGGGUUUCAUGUUCAACCGGUUGCGACCGAGUGCUACGCCGCAUAGCCCCUGGCCCACUACGGCAGGCGGCCCGGCAAGCACUACCGUUCUCGGAGUUAUAGAAUCGCCUCUUCUUGCAGGUGUUGCCCGGGCAGUAGGAAACCCCUCACCCUCCAAAAAAGAAAAAAUAAAGAAAAAAGGACAGGAUUUGAACGGAAAUAGUAAACCCCAGAACUUAUUUGGUCUUUGGAACUAUUAAUAGUAUGACAGUCAGAGCUUCACUCCUAUUUCUUGUGUCCACGGGCACAGUUCACCCGAAACCCGGAGCAGUGUUAUUCAGCCCUGAUCAUUUUAUAGCCUUUUUUUCACAGUUUCAAAACAGGAUAGAACAAAAAACCUUGUGGUGGAACAGAAUCGAGGGUUAUUUGAACUUGCCUUUACGAAGCAUACCAACUGAAAUGAGACCCCUUCCAGAUACUUUAAAACAAGAAGAAAAUAAUAGCGAUGAAAGAUAAAAAUGUAGGACACAAAAAGGCACCCAAUAAAAUCAUUUCAUCGCUGAGUUCUUGAUAGUCUGACCCCGAUUUUUAGGGGGGCCAAAAGUGAGAGCAAUUUCGUUUUUGGUUUGGCGCGGAACUGAGCUUUUCAGCAGGCUUCCAAAAUGAAUUCAGUUUGUCCAGAAAUCAUUUGUUGACAGUUUUCUUCGAUGCAGGUAGAAAUAUUCCUUUCAAAAGAUUUGUUGGAUUGUCGAAGAAGAAGUACACAAAAUUGUUUCACUUGAAAACCCCAACCACCGUGACAUUCGAGAUCCACUAAGGCCGUGUCCGAAACGACGACUUCGGCUACAGCUACGUCUGGAUCAGCGCGUCUACCAGUGUUGAAGAAUAGGCAGACGCGCGCGAUCUAGCCGUAGCUGUAGCCGAAGUCGCCGUUUCGGACACGGCCUAAGUUUGAAAAAUGUACAUCCCAACCAAACUGCAAUGGAAAUCGGAACUCUAAUUGAAGUGAUGUUGUUGUAUGAACAUAUAAAGACACUACACAAGGGUUAGCCGUAUACAGCACGAACUGCAUUCUUUAGAUUUAGCACACAGUAACUGAGCUUGUUCUUUUUUUAAAUGGUGUUAUUUGGUAAAUUGUGUAACACAGGUAGAUUUUUUCAUUCAAUCGGUUUGAUAAUCGAGUAAACCGCGGAAAGAUUAUCUUAUAUUUAAAGGCUCGGCCUGGUUUGUUGGGUCGCCCAAAAUAGACACUUUAUUAUUAUGUUCAACGAAGCUCAAAAAAAACGUUGGACACUGUGUGUAUAAUAUUGUGCAAUUAUAU